AUGGGCUGUGCACUCUGCAAAAAACAAACGAAUAAAGUAAAACUCGCACCUAUUAUCCAACAAGAAGUCCAAGAAAUCGAAGAAGUCGCAUAUUUACCAAUAACAGCUCUAGAAGAAGACCUCGAUUUAAAAUCAAUUGUAGAGCUAAAUAUAAGUUGUCAAAAUCUCCCUUGCGAUUCCAGCAAAAAAAUAAACCCUAUGGUCGUUUUCUUCACCCAAAAUGAAAGCGGGGAUUGGCUUGAGGACACUCGAACUGAAAUACAAAAAGGGAACCAAAAUCCAGCAUUUAUUUCGUCAGUAAAGGUAUCCUACAGCUUUGAAAAACAAAUGCAUUUUAAGCUAGAAGUCUAUGAUAUGAAGUACCCAAGUGAUGAGAGCUUAAGAUCCCAGAUACUCCUAGGCUGUUCCUUUUUCAAUAUUCACGAAAUCGUUUGUUCAUCAGAAAUGGCUGUUACGAAAGACAUUGAAAAUUUAUCUAUGAAGUCUAAGAGCAUGGGAACACUCACGAUCAGGUUUGAAGAGUCAAGCUCCAAAAACUUUUUAGUCAAAAUGAAGUGGGGAAUGACCUCAAAUAUCAAAGGAAACAUUUGUAUUAGGCUGUCCAGAGCAUCUGAUAAAGAUUUUGUUCCAAUUUAUCAGAGCGAGACAUUGUCAAGCUUCCUAACUAAAGGAGUUUUGGCUUGGCACACAAUUGAAAUGUCAAUGAACAAGCUCUGCAGAGGCGAUGAAAGCCGGCCUAUAAGACUUGAAUUAUUAAGAGCGGAUCUCAAAAAACAAGAAUUUUUAGGCUUAUGCAUUUUUACCUUACUUCCUUAAAAAUAUUAUAUAAAUUUAAAGACGAAUUAAUUUCUUAUUUUGAAGGAAAGAUUUUAUGUGAAAAAUUUUAUUAUGAAAAAAUAUAUAUAUAUAAAAAUGUUUUUGUUUAUAAAAUUUAUUAAAUAGAGUGCUCCUUUAAAAUAGACUAAGUUACAUAUAAAAUAUCUAUUUAGGCUUCAUUAAUUGGCUAUAAAAUUUACAUAGAAAUUAUUAUUUCAUAGCAUAUCAGCGAAAACUUGUUAAAAAAGAUUCUCAUUAGAUAUUUGUUUGACAAAGACGCUAUUUUUCGAUUAGAAAAAAAACUUCCGAUAAAAUAAUUCCAAGAGGAAAUUCUCCCAAGGAAAAAUCAUACAUACAGCAUAUUAUUUUACCAAUAAAAAUAAAAAUUUAUUCCAAUUUAAGUAGGGAGAUUUAGCGGAGCUUAAAAGCACUGUAAAUUUCCAAACUUUUAUUACAAAUAACGAAAAAGUGAUAUCUCAAAUUAUGUUGAAGGAGUUUGUAUUUGAAGAAAGAAUUUCCUUUUUAGAUUACGUUUUUGGAGGAUGUGAAAUUUCUUUGAUAGUCGGUAUAGAUUUCACAAAAAGUAACGGCGACCCAUCAGCAAGUGGAACUUUACACAAUUUGGAUAGUGGAGAUUUAAAUGAAUAUACUCAUGCUCUUAAAGCAGUAGGUGAUAUUUUACAGUAUUAUGAUUCAGACAAAAAAAUACCUGUUUACGGGUUUGGGGCAAAGCUUCCGCCUAAUUUUGAUGUGAUUUCUCAUUGUUUUGCCCUUAACGGGAAUUUUUUUGAUCCUGAAGUAAAUGGGGUUGACGGUGUUUUGGAUUCUUAUAAAUCAGCUGUAGCUUCAGUGAAAUUUCAUGGGCCUACUAUAUUCAAUGAGAUAACAACCAUAGCAAACGAUUUUGCAGCUAAUGCAAAUGUAUCACAGAAAACUCAGCAAUAUUUUAUUUUGCUUAUUUUGACAGAUGGAAUUAUCAAUGACCUUGAGUCUACAAUUGAUGAAGUUGUAAGAGGAAGUGAACUUCCUUUAAGCAUUAUCAUCGUUGGGGUUGGAAAAGAAGAUUUUUCUGCUAUGCAACAGCUGGAUGCUGAUGGGGAACCUUUAUAUUCAAAAAAAUACCAAAAGAGGGCAAUUAGGGAUAUAGUUCAAUUUGUGCCUUUUAGUAAGUUUAAUGAUAAUCCUAUGACUUUAGCAAGAGAAGUUCUUUUUGAGGUUCCGAAUCAAUUUUUAAGCUAUAUGAAAAUGCAUGAUAUUAAGCCAAAUCAGCCUCAGGUGGAAGAAAGUAAAUAUAAUAAAAGCUAUGCGAGGACGCAAACUAGUAAAGUGCUUUUAAGUUGAUAUAAAUAAACGGCAUUCGAUCAGAGAGAAAUUAGCUACGCUAAUUUUCUCUUCCUCAUGGAAUUUUAUUUAUGUGGUUAGGUUUCUCUCGAAAGCAAUAGCGGUUUAACUUUAGGGCUAACCAAAGGAUCUGCGGAGCAGAUAAAUCAUGAGGGUCAAGGUUCACAAUUCAGAACAUUUGAGAGGAUGAUCCUAGGCGGAACAUGCGCAGGAGCUUAGACAGGCAAGAUUAGUGGCAUCUCGCCGAGUGAAAACACUAGCUAGGGUGUUUGAUGAUUAAUAUUGGAUGAUCUGCCUUUUGGAUCAGAUAUGCGCGCGAUGUCACCAUUUUGGCUCUAUCUCUCGAGUGGGAGUGUGGCGUUAGACACCUUAAAUACUCUAAUUAAUAUAAUGCAACGCUUUCAAGUCGAUCAAAUAACUCAUCAACUUCAAGUUUGUUGGAAAAAAUGAAGUCUCAAUUUAUAAAUGACCUAUCUCAAAUUGGCUAUAGUAGGCAUAAUAUACUCGAAGUCAUUGACAAAGGAAUUUCAUGUAUGAAUGCCCAGUUAGCAGGAGAACUUAUAACUAUCGCUAAAUCUUCCAAAUCAGUAAAAAAAUCAGCUUUAAAAAAGUCAUCAGCAGCCUCAUCUCCAAAAGGACCUAACACAAACUUUGAAAACUCUCCAAGAUGCAUGCUUUGUCAUCAAAAUCCUAUAGAAUUAUAUGUUAAAGACUGUGGGCAUGAAAUUGCUUGUUUGCAAUGCAUUAAUUUAAUAGGAAAUAAAUGUCCUAUUUGUUCCAGCAGGGUAACGAAAUGCAUACAAAAAUUUUCUAAUUAA